AUGGAUUCCUUGGAACCCCCGGCCGGAGGUGAUCAGAACAGAGGCCCCGAGUUGGUUGCCGUUAUUUGGGUCUUCACCGCGCUGGCCUCCUUCGUUGUUAGCCUCAGGCUGUUCACAAGGGUCAAAAUCUUGAAAGAGACUGCUCUUGAUGAUGUAUUUACAUUUCUUUCUCUGGUUCUCAUUCUGGUAUGCACUUCUGUCAUUACUGCCAGUGUGAGCGCCGGCAUGGGACGGCAUGGAUACUACCUCUCACCCCACCAGAGAAUACAAGCGACGAAGCUCAACUAUAUAUCCAACCCUUUUGGUAUUAUGGCGUACUCACUUCCCAACUUGUCAGUUGCAAUCUUUCUCAAUAGGAUUUUACGCCUUCCAAGAUUGCAAAAAUGGCUUCUGUACAGCGUGCCAAUCGCCCAGUGUGUGAUUGCAGGGAUAUCCUGCGUUUUAUUGUUCGCUCAGUGCACACCCUCCCGGUUUCUUUGGGAUCCUGCAAUUCCCGCGAGGUGUCUUUCCGCGACAGUACUCACUGGAUACUCCUACUUCGUCGGAGCGUAUUCUGCAUUCACAGAUGUCUUCCUCGCGAUCAUACCUGCAUUUGCGUUCUGGAAACUUCAAAUGAAGCCCAAAACCAAGCUUGGAUUGUGUUUUCUGAUGAGCACCACGGCCUUUGCCGCAAUAUGUGCGAUUGUCAAAACAUCUAAACUCAAUGAGCUGGCUGAUCUGGCUGAUUUUACAUAUGCCAGUGUGGACCUUUUGAUUUGGGCCGUUGUUGAGGCGGAUGUGAUCAUCAUUGCCGCCUGCAUUCCAAGCCUCCGUCCAUUCGCUUUAUCUGUCGGCCAGUCCCUCCGGGAUAGUAAUGGCAAGUCUCGCCCCAAACGAGCUUGGUAUCAACAGCAUAGCAGUGAUGUACCUCUUGCAUUGAAGCCGAUGGUACCGGGUGAGAAUGGCAAUGGAUCCAACAAUAGCACCGAGGGUGGGUUGAGUCGCGCUAGCUCGACUCCACCGAAGGUGGUUCAAGAAAACCAAUUGAAAUCGUACUCGAGGGGCAUUUCAAAUCAUGUCCAACAAAGCUAG